UUCUGAAAAUAUUUUCUUUCCUCCACAAGCACUUAUGAGAAGUGCUUUUUCAUUCUAAAAAACAUUUAUUUUUAAAAGUCAUUCUCUCUGCUCUCCUGAUCAUCAUGAAACAAUGCUACCAAAUAAUCAAUCAGUUGAUUCACUCCAAAAGAAUGAUUCACUCCCAAAGAAUUAUCGGCGAAAAAUAUGGAUGAUGGGUGACGGGAUUCCGGCUGGGAGACGUUUCCGACGGCACGUUCAGUUUGUGGAGCCGCGGAAGUCGAGAUUGAGAGUGCGGCGGAGCUAUGAGGUAAUCGCGGAGGUCGCGAUGGAGUUUCAAGGUUGUUCUCGUGUUUUCGUCGACAAAUCCGAUCUCAUCAACCUUGAUCUCUCAGACACCACCGAGAAAAUCAUCUCUGAAUACAUAUGUUACAUUAUGACAGGAUUGGUGGCUCUGGUUUGGACGUGAGGAGCAAAGCAAGGUUAAAAAUUGGAAUGAAAAUAAAUGGUUUACAUUUGUCAAUUUUUGAACCAACAUACUGAAAGUAAAAAAUACUAGUUUAUCCUUAGUAUUGCUAUUAAUCUUAGCUCUGAAAUAUCCUAUACUAUUGCAAUUUUUUACGAACUAGUGUAAAUUGAAGACUAGCUACAAUAAUUGCAUAUUAACUUUGUGAUGUUAAGCAUUAUCCUACUGAUAAAACUAUGAAUAUCAAUUGUCAUUGUGUUAGAUGCCUUGUAAUUGUCAUUGUGUCAUAUGUGUGUAGGUUAGAGAACUUUAAUAAGAAGGAAGUUUUAUUUUUACAUGUGUGUCAUAUGUUUCUUUUAUAUUCAUCAAUGUUGAUUUAUUAAUAUCUUUCAAUAUUUUGCAUUUGGUUACUGUCAUACCCCAAAAUUUACCCGGUGCAAUUCCCGUUUUAAUUUAUUAAGGGCGUUAAAAAUUAAGAGCCAUAGGGUUUAACAUACCUAUUAUUAAACUCGCUCUCUUAUGAAAUGCCCGUAUAAAUUAGUGGGGGUGUGAAUGGCAAAUAUUUGAGGUCCAAUUUAUUUUGACCCAUUUAUUCCAAUUAGCCAUUCCAUGUUUAUAUUACUACUAACUAUGCAAUUAUUAAUUCCUAUUAUUAGUUCUAAAAAUAAUAUUGAGGUUAUUAAGAUUAAUCAAACAUUAUUAUUAGUACUAAUUAAGUGGUGUUAAUCAUUAUUAUUAGAGUAGUAUUAAUUAGU